GGUGGCAGAACUAGCUGGGGGCUAGACCUAGAAGCACUUGCGAGGAGGACGACUUGGGUGAUCGAGAAAGGCUCAGACGUGGCGGGGAUGGGAUGCAGUGGAAAGGAAAGGCCCAGCCACAAAUCCGGAGUAGAUCUGUGGAUGGUCCCUCAGAGGUAUUCUCUUUCCAAUUGCCCCUUUAUUUGUCAGCACGAGAGUCCUCAUGGUCUCUGUUCAAGUUCUGGGAACUCUGUCUCUGGGUGAAUUUAACCUGUAUUAUAGGACUGCCCAGGACCUUUUCUGAUACUGGGUACAGAGGUGGGGAUGAUGUCAGAAAACAGGAAGCCGCUUGUGGGUUUCGUGCAGAAACACCCCGAUGCGAGGGCAUCUGGGAACUCAGGCAAGACUCACUGCCCUUUGUGUCUGGGGCUUUUCAAAGCCCCCAGGCUCUUGCCUUGCUUGCACACUGUGUGCACCACGUGUCUGGAAAAGCUGGAGCCGUUUUCAGUAGUGGACAUCCGAGGGGGUGACUCAGAUACAAGCUCUGAGGGGUCACUAUUCCAGGAACCCAAGUCACGCAACGUGCAGCCACAGAUUGGCAUCCUCUGUCCGGUAUGUGAUGCUCAGGUGGACCUGCCCUUGGGUGGAGUGAAGGCUCUAACGAUAGACCACCUGGCCAUGAACGAUGUGAUGCUGGAGAGUCUGCGUGGGGAAGGCCAGGGCCUGGUGUGUGACCUGUGCAGCGACAGAGAAGUAGAGAAGAGGUGUCAGACCUGCAAAGCCAAUCUCUGCCACUUCUGCUGCCAGGCUCAUAGGCGCCAGAAGAAGACAACAUAUCACACCAUGGUGGACCUGAAAGACCUCAAAGGCUACAGUCGCGUUGGCAAGCCCAUCCUGUGUCCCACUCACCCUGCCGAGGAGCUGAGGCUGUUCUGUGAACUCUGCGACCGGCCUGUGUGCCGGGACUGUGUCGUUGGGGAGCACCGGGAGCACCCUUACGACUUCACCAGCAACGUCAUCCACAAGCACGGAGAUUCCGUGCGGGAGCUGCUGCGAGGCACCCAGCCCCACGUGGAGGCCCUGGAGGAAGCCCUGGCUCAACUCAGAAGCAUGGACAGUGCCCUCCAGGAGCGGGUGGAGGCCGUGGCCGCCGACGUCCGUACGUUCUCUGAAGGCUACGUCAAAGCCAUCGAGGAACAUCGGGACAGGCUGCUCAAGCAGCUGGACGGCAUACGGGUGCAGAAGGAGACCUCUCUGCAGCUGCAGAAAGCCCAGCUGGAACAGCUGCUGGCGGACAUGCGCACCGGAGUGGAGUUCACCGAGCACCUGCUGACCAGCGGCUCGGACUUGGAGAUCCUCGUCACCAAGGGAGUGGUAGUGGAACGGCUCAGGAAACUGAACAAGGUGGAAUACAGCGCCCGCCUGGGAGUCAACGAUAAGAUCUGUUUCUGUCCUCAGGAGAAGGCAGGCCAGUGCCGAGGUUACGAAGUGUACGGGGCCAUUAACACCAAAGAAGUGAACCCAGCUAAAUGCGUCCUUCAGGGAGAAGAUCUCCACAGAGCUCGAGAGAAGCAGACAGCCUCUUUUACCCUGCUUUGUAAGGAUGCCGCAGGAGAGAGCAUGGGCAGGGGAGGGGACAACAUCCAGGUCGCAGUUGUCCCCAAAGAUAAGAAAGGCAGUCCAGUCAGAACGGUGGUCCAGGACAACAAGGAUGGAUCAUACCAUGUUUCCUACACCCCAAAGGAACCUGGAGUCUACACUGUGUGGGUCUGCAUCCACGAGCAGCACGUGCAGGGCUCACCAUUCACUGUGACUGUGCGGAGAAAGCAUCGCCCACACCCAGGUGUGUUUCACUGCUGUACCUUCUGUUCAAGCGGAGGCCAGAAAUCUGCACGCUGUGCCUGCGGGGGCACCAUGCCAGGUGGGUACCUUGGCUGUGGCCACGGGCACAAAGGCCACCCGGGCCGUCCGCACUGGUCUUGCUGUGGGAAGUUUAUCGAGAAGUCUGAGUGCACAUACACUGGUGGACAGAGCGCACCGAGGAGUCUGCUUAGGACCGUGGCACUCUGAUGGCUUCCUAGGGAUGAGUUCAGCUGGUAAACCUGAAGCUAACAUGACUUCAGAUGUGCGGUGAACCCAGAGCUUAAGUCGUUCUAUAGAGGCUGAUGGAAUUAAAGACAAAAUGCUUU